AACUGCCUACCGCCGCCCACACACCACGCCCACUUGAACACUACCCGACCAUCUUCUCUCUUCCACCACGUCCGUCGUCCCCUCCUCCCCAUUGCUGCCCUACGCCUCCUAUUCUUAGGGCUUGGUGUGCGCAACGUACUUUCGCUCGCCUCACGUUGGGCCCGACUGCAUCGAAAAACGGCGUCCGGGUUUUUGGCGCCAUAGUCUGCUGGCUGGCGGUCAUUGUUUUUUUUUCCACAGCUUCACUUUUUUCCGAGACACUUCGUUCCCCACGCGCCAAUACUUGUCCCUCGUUCUUACUUCCUGUACCAAAGCCGUCGACGUCAAACAUCUACCACCACACAACAACAACGCAUUGGGCCUUUGGACCAAUAUGGGUGGCUUCUACACUCAAUAUCUGGAGAGUCUCUGCCGACGACGUGGGUGGCAAGAUCCUACGUACGAGUGUUACCGUGACCCCAGCGGCUUUACGUGCCUCGUCCUUGUCAACGGACGAGAGUACCAGACUGAUCUGGCCUACCAAUCGGACGUGCUUGCGCAGGAGAAUGCUGCCAUGAGGGCUUUCAUGGUGUGCCGCAACUUCUCAGUCAACGGAGGCAUGCUCGCUCGCAACGGUAUCGUCCAGGGCCUCCCGGCCACUGAGGCUCCUCGCCGCUCCUCCAAGAAGAGCCGCCACAUGGCUUCCAGCCAGCGUGACAACCGCCGAUCUGGACACCACUCGAGCAGCAGCUCGACUGCCUCGUUCGAAUAG